AUGUUUAAAUUUAGAAUUCUGACAGUUGGUGUUCCAAUCUUUAUUAGGUCUCCAAAUGGUCGUUUCGCCUCUAUCAAGCAUUGGUAUUCACGUUCUGAAAUAACUUCUGAAACUGCUGAAGCUCGUCUUCUAUCAAGACUUCAAUUCUUUUCUAUUGGAGGAAAGACUGUUGCCACUCCCAGUGACUCAAAAACUGUCGCUCGUGUCGGUUUAGUUGAUUUAGACGGUGACGGCAAAAGAAAGAUAAAUACUUUG